AUGUUGCCACUUUGUUUGAUUUUAUUAUUUGAUUUUGAUUUUGCAGACACAGGAAUUAUUAAAAGAUUUAAAUGGGCCCCAUAUACAGUUACAUUUCCAUUUCCGCGUCGUAGCGUACAAUCCCAUUUCUUCAUCUUCUCUAAAAAAAAUCUAAUCUUUAAUCUCUCUCUCUCUCUCUCUCUCUCUCUCUAUCUGCGUUUCUUUCUCUCUCUUCAUCUUUCUUCUAAUUCCAUGGCUUCCACUCCGAUCACUAUCGACACUAUUAACCCCAAGGUUUUGGAGUGUGAGUAUGCAGUUCGUGGCGAAAUCGUCAUCCUUGCUCAGAAAAUACAAGAAGAACUGAAGAACAACCCCAAUUCUCAUCCUUUUGAUGAGAUAUUGUACUGCAACAUCGGAAAUCCGCAAUCCCUUAGCCAACAGCCAAUCACCUUCUUCAGAGAGGUUCUUGCUUUAUGUGACCAUCCUGCUAUUUUGGGUAAAUCCGAAACACGGGUUUUAUUUAGUGGCGAUUCGAUAAAACGAGCGUCUCAGAUUUUAGAUCAGAUUCCUGGGAGAGCAACCGGUGCGUAUAGUCACAGUCAGGGUAUCAAAGGGCUGCGUGACACAAUUGCUGCUGGCAUCGAAGCCCGGGAUGGAUUCCCGGUUGAUCCGAACGAUCUUUUCUUGACAGAUGGCGCAAGUCCAGCGGUUCAUAUGAUGAUGCAGCUAUUGAUAAGGUCGAAGAAAGACGGCAUUCUUUGUCCGAUUCCUCAGUACCCUCUUUAUUCUGCUUCGAUUGCGCUCCACGGAGGCACUCUUGUUCCGUAUUAUCUAGACGAAGCAGCUGGAUGGGGAAUGGAGGUAUCGGAGCUUCAGAAGCAGUUAGAAUCGGCAAAAUCGAAGGGUAUUAUCGUCCGAGCCUUGGUGGUUAUAAACCCUGGCAAUCCCACAGGGCAGGUUCUGGCUGAGAAAAAUCAAAAGGAAAUCGUUGAUUUCUGCAAAAGGGAAGGGCUUGUUCUUUUGGCAGACGAGGUAUAUCAAGAAAACGUUUACGUGCCAGAUAAGCAGUUCCACUCUUUCAAGGAAGUAGCCAGGUCGAUGGGCUACGGAGACAAAGAUAUUGCUCUAGUAUCUUUCCAGUCCGUGUCGAAGGGUUACUACGGAGAAUGUGGAAAGAGAGGAGGUUACAUGGAGAUCACCGGUUUUAGUCCCGAGAUUAGGGAGCAAAUAUACAAAUUAGCAUCGGUUAAUCUUUGUUCUAAUAUAUCCGGUCAGAUUCUCGCAAGCCUUGUAAUGAACCCUCCAAAGGUGGGAGACGAAUCCUAUGAUUCUUAUUUCGCGGAGAAAAACGCAAUCCUAUCAUCACUAGCGAGGCGGGCUCAAAAACUGGAAGAUGCGUUUAACGGAUUAGAAGGAGUGAGCUGCAAUCGAGCGGAAGGAGCAAUGUAUUUAUUUCCUCGAAUUGUUUUGCCAAACAAAGCCUUGGAAGCUGCAAAGGAGGCUAAAACGGCACCCGAUGCAUUUUAUGCUCGUCGUUUACUUAACGCAACUGGUAUAGUUGUUGUUCCUGGUUCUGGAUUUGGACAGGUUGAUGGAACAUGGCAUAUAAGGUGCACAAUAUUGCCACAAGAGGAUAGAAUAUCAGCUAUUAUUACUCGUCUCACCAAAUUCCACACUGAAUUUAUGGAUGAAUUCAGGGGCUGAAUUAUUUAAUUUCAAGAAUGACUAUUUUAUCCUCUACUUUUUUUAAAUUUCAAGAAUGACAAUUUUGUCCUCUACUUUUUUUAAUAAAGAAUUGACUGAGUCCAUUUGUGUACUUUGAUAAUUGGCUGAGGAUUUGCUGUUGAAUGAGAGUAUCAAGGUUUUCUUGGUUUAAUUGUUUAGGAA